GACGGAAAAGAGCUGAAUGCCUCACCUCCAACUUUCCUGAACAAAUCUUUUCAAACCCAUCUGUCCUAUUUGUCUCUUUCCGGCUUUCCCAAAAACACGUCCUCCAAUUCCCAGAUUCUUCGAUACACCAUCCACUCUUACUAAAUUCAUCAUCGAUUUCCCCAACUGAUAUUCAAUUCAACACAUCGAAAUGCUCAGAUUCAAGACCAUCAAGAAGAAAAUGUGGAUGUUCUCUCAAUAAAAUCUUUUCUCUAUAACCAAACCCUCUUGUCUUUUACCUUCUAAUGGACGAAAAUAUGAACACACAAUCAUCUACAUCUCUCUCGGUAGUUAAACUCAUCAGAUUUCCUCUCCGUAUGGUUUCUUUCUGGUUUGCACCCACCAUCCGUCCUCCAGGUGUCGACCCUUAGACGAUCGUCAUCUUUGUUGCCCUUAGUUUCUCUUUAUUGCUCAUAAUCAUAAUUACACACACACACACACAAGCACAAAUAGUUAUAACAUAUUCGUGUCUCGCUCUAUUGCAAAACAAAAUAUAUACAUAUAGCUGUAAAGGGUAUUUGCAAAAAUGGAUUUUUAUAGUCCGAAUCAUAUAUUUUCCAACUUGGAACCCAUUGUGGAUGAUAGAUUCUUGGGGAACUUAAGUGGGUUCAAUGGGGAUUUUGAGAAUGUUGAUGGGUUGUUCUCUAAAUCUUCUCAAUCUUUGGUGUUGGAUGAGGAAAAAGGAGAGCUUGUGAAAGCUCAGCCAAAAGUGAUUGGAAAGAAAAUAGGAUUAAUUUCUGAGGAGAAGUCUUUGGCUGCUUUAAAGAGUCACAGUGAUGCUGAGAGGAGGAGAAGGGAGAGGAUUAAUGCUCAUCUUGACACCCUUCGAGGUCUUGUACCCUCCAAUGAUAAGAUGGACAAAGCCACAUUACUCGCGGAAGUUAUCCGCCAAGUAAAACAACUCAAAAUAAAUGCAACACAUGCAAGUAAAGGUUUACUCAUGCCAGAAGACACCGAUGAACUCAAAGUUGAAAAACUCAACAAUGGAGGUUUGGUUUUUCACACUUCUUUCUGUUGCAAGAAACGCCCCGAGCUCCUAGCUGAUGUAAGACGAUCUCUUUCUUCCCUCAAAGUCAAAAUCGAGAGGGCAGAGUUGUCAACUUUAGGAGACCAUGUAAAAAUGGUUUUCGAUUUUACCAAAACCAGCAAUGGCACCACGGAUGAAGAUAUAAUUAGUUCUAUUCGUGAUGCUUUUACAUCUGUUAUGGAGAAGGGAUCAAUCUCACCUGAAUAUUCCCCAAGAACAACACUACCAAACAAGAGGAGGAGGUACUCUCUAUGAUCUUCUUACUCUUCUUGAUUUUCCCAUGUUGAAUACAAAAUCCCCUAUUCUUAGUUUUCUCAUGCUGUUUUCAUGAGGAAAUGAAAUAUGUAUAAAGUUUUGGAAGUUUCUGGUCUUAAAAUACAAUAAGUUCACAUAUCCAAUGAUCAAGAAAGUGUAGUACUUGAUCAUGCAAUAGCGUUAUGAUGCUUUUUGUGUGCAUCUUGUAUAUGUAAAUAUAUGGAAAUAUGAAUAUUAAGAUACUUAUACUUAAGACAAUGUUGUGCU